CUUCUUCUUCUUCUUCUUCUUCUUUAGCUCUGCUCUCUCUCUCUCUCUCUUCUUCUUCUUCUUCUUCUUCUCAAUUUCCCCAAAAUAAAUUCCUCUGAAAGGUUAUAAUUUUCACUCUCCCCGAAUACGAUUUUUCAUAAGUAUACAAUAAGCCGAUCUUGGCUUUUUUUUUUUUUAAUUUCUUUUUGUUUCUUCUGCAUCUCGAUACUUGGGUUGGGUGUGAGGCUGAUUUCGUUCUAAUCUGUUGUUGAAGUCUUUGGCUUGAAAGCAAUAAUAUGGAAGGGCAUCCUAUACCUCGCACUGUCGAAGAGGUCUUUAGCGACUUUCGUGGCCGUAGAGCUGGUCUCAUCAAGGCUCUCUCUACUGAUGUUCAGAAGUUUUACCAUCAGUGUGACCCUGAGAAGGAAAACUUGUGUCUUUAUGGACUUCCAAAUGAGACAUGGGAGGUUAAUCUCCCCGUCGAGGAGGUUCCCCCCGAGCUUCCUGAACCAGCUUUAGGCAUCAAUUUCGCAAGGGAUGGUAUGCUAGAGAAAGAUUGGAUAUCUUUGGUUGCAGUUCACAGUGAUUCGUGGCUUAUCUCUGUUGCAUUCUACUUUGGUGCACGUUUUGGAUUUGGGAAGAAUGAGAGGAAGAGGCUCUUCCAGAUGAUAAAUGAUCUCCCAACCAUUUUUGAGGUUGUGACUGGCAAUGCAAAGCAAUCCAAGGAUCAAUCUGCUAACCACAACAGUAGCAGAAGCAAAUCUAGCGGUGCCAAGCCUCGUCAUUCUGAAUCUCACACUAAGGCUUCAAAGAUGUCCCCACCACCAAAAGAAGACGAUGAGAGUGAGGAGGAAGAUGACGAACAAGGUGCAGUUUGUGGUGCGUGUGGAGAUAACUAUGGAGGAGAUGAGUUCUGGAUAUGCUGCGAUGCUUGUGAGAAAUGGUUCCAUGGAAAAUGUGUGAAGAUCACUCCAGCAAAGGCUGAGAACAUCAAACAUUACAAAUGCCCGAGUUGCAGUACCAGCAAGAAAAUCAAAGCUUGAAAAGUGACAAUAACAUUAGAUGCUGUGAAAGAGAAGAAAGUGUUCACAGUCGAAGAAAACAACAGAACAAGAGUUUAGCUGUGGGAAGAAGAAGAAACAAAAGGCUUCUGAUUGCGUAGUUUUAAUGGGAUUGAGACAGCUUACAGUUAGUAAUGUCUCUUUCUCUUUUUUUUUUUCUUUUUUUUUUGCUGUUAAUGUUAUGACUAAUUUGUCUUAUGUUUCUGAGAAAAUUCUGUCUUUAAGCACUCUCUACUUUGUGUCAACGAGUUUCUUCUUCCUGGUUAGUUGCUUUACAAUUUUA